ACUGAGGAAGGGUGUAAGUAGCUGAAGAUGAUCUUUAAUGUAUGUGUGUGUAUGUGUGUGUGCACUAGGUUGACUAUAUUGGUUUUAGCAGCAUUGUUCAUGGUCUCACUUGAAAUGGAUCCCUCGAGUACAGAAGAAUGGAAAUCUCUGAGCAAUCCAAAAAGCAGGAUGUUGUUUUUCCAGAUUCUACAGUCAUAUCUUGAUGGUCGAGAAGCACAAACUGAAGGCAAAAAAAUACAAAUGGUAGAAGAUGGAGACAGCAAUCUGGCAUAUACUGCACUGGACAAAUACAACAACCUUCUCUACAAUGGCCUUUUUGAUGUUGAAUAACAUUAGAUCAGCUGUGAUAUAUUAUUAUAUCUGUAAUGAUCAGAUAUAUUGAACAUAUCCUGUAUUGUUUGAUUUGGUUAG